AUAAUUUAAUUUUAAUGGUGGACAUGUUUAACAAAUGACUCACAGACUUCUUGAAAAUGUAAGACUUGGUGCCAACCCCAGCACACAUAGGAGUGGAGAUAAAGGUACAGUCAAUCCACUAAGUUUAACCAAAAUGUCCAGCUCCUUUCUAAAGUCUAUUUUCAUAACUUAGAGAUUGGUGGCUACAAGAAAAAGAGGCAGGAGGCUGGUUCUCUGUGUCAGUUUGAUCUCUAAAAAAAGAUAUCAAGGGGAGAGAGGGAACAGAAGCCAGGAGGGCUGGGAAGCGGCAGAUGGAAGAUUAGGAAGGAGAGGUUACCAUGGAAGUCUCAGAUUUAGGAAUCCCAACCAGUGAACUUUGGGCCUUGGGUAGAGGUUUCCAGUGACAUUUCUCCAUAGGAGGUUGUAGGCGUGGAUUUGAUGAGGUUUAACAUUUUUUUCAGGCAACCACAAGAUUGCUGCUUCCUCUGAGGCUUUCCUAAACAUCUUCAUUCAGAGUAUUUUUGUUCUGUGUUAAGUUUUUUUUAAAAAAUCAAUCAAUCCUUUAAACAUCCCUUGUGUUUAAUAAUCCAUGCAUGGCCUUCCUUCAUUAUUGCAGCAGGAAGAAAAGGUGACAUAAUAGAGUUGAAGUCAACUAUUUUUUGAUGUGUCUCCCAAGCUUCUAAGAACAAUUAAGAAAAAUGCUCUGUUAAUUUGAGACCUGGCAAUUAGUUCAAUAAGAUCCCAUCAAGAACCUUUACUUCUAGGAGGGCUGAUAAUAUAUGCACUGUCACCCAUUGCCAUUAGGGGUGCCCUCUGCAAGUCCAGAGCUUUUGAAACUAAGCCACUUCUGAGUUUUCACAACCCGCAGCGGGGUGGGGGGAGGUUCUUCAGCCAGUGGAAUCUGAUUGCUGAGCAAGCCUAGAGCUGCAUACCAAGUGCUAGAAGGUUACUGGGUGAACAAAAGUGGAAUGAAUGUGUAUUUUAAAGGCCAAUUGUUCCUAUUCAAAUGUAAGUUUGAAGGGAAGGAGGCCUAGCCCUUGAGACCAUUUUUAGUUCUGCUACUUGAAUACCAACAUCUUUGUUCCUCAGGUAGCAACAGCUAAAACCAGCAAAGCACUUCUUCACAUUAAACUAGCUCAGACUUAAUUUUCUUCAGAAAAUAUAUGGAUUAAAAUCUAAAUAUACUAGAUAGUGCUUAGAAAUGCUUUAAAUAAAUGUUUUGAAACACAUCUUAGAUUUGGGGUAAUUGUUAUUACAUUGUGUAUCACCUAUUUAAUCUAUUGCACCACAGUGUAUUAGAAAGAACAUGGUCUUUGGAGACUUACAGAUCAGGACUUAAUACCUUAUUUCACUACAUUGGGCAAAUCAUCUAAUCUUUCUAAGCCUUGGUUUAUUCUUAUGUAAAAAUGAGAAUAAAAAAUUCUUCCUCAGGGAUAAUAUCUUGCAGGAUAGUGAGGAGUCAUUGAGAAAAUGUAUGUGAAGGUGCCUAAAAGUAAGUGGACAUUCUAUAAUGGUUAAUUGUCCAUUACCAACUCUACCUAUUACAGUGGAUGUUACGGUAAGCGUUACUGGCAAAGAAACUUACUUCCUUUUAAUAACUGACUAUAAUCCAGUUAUAUCCAUUUUCUCUGUUAUAAAGAAAGGGAAAUUCACUUGACUUAAUGAAGAAAAACAAGAUAAGCAAAACAAAAUUAGAGAUUAAUGUAAUGCCAAAGCCAAGGUUUCUCGAGAGAUAGUUUAAAUCUGGGUUUAAAUUUUUCUCCCUUUCAGGGGCCGGCCCUGUGGCAUAGUGGUUAGGUUCAUGCGCUCUGCUCUGGAGGCCCAGGGUUCACAGGUUCGAAUCCCGGUCACGGACUGACACACUGCUCAUCAAGCCAUGCUGUGGCAGCGUCCCAUAUGCAAAGUGGAGGAAGAUGGGCACAGAUAUUAGCUCAGGGCCCAUCUUCCUCACCAUAAAAAAAAAUUUUUCUCCCUUUUAGAGAACUUCUGGAAUGCUAGUAGUGACCUAUUUCCUACCAAGAUGGUAGUUACAGGGAAAUCAUGCCCAAGUUCAAGCAACGAAGAAGAAAACUAAAAGCCAAAGCAAAAAGAUUAUUCAAAAAAAAAGAAGGCUGUCACUUUCAGUCCAAGCUAAUUACACCUCCCCCUCCACCACCACCCUCGCCAGAAAGAGUGGUUAUUCCUUCAACAGAUAGACCCCUUAGCAGAAGCUGGCUAAGAUCAUCCUGGAACUUCAAAUUUCCCAAUAUCAAAGAUGCAGUAAAACUUUGGACAAAUAGAGUGUGGUCUGUAUACAGCUGGUGCCAGAGGUGCAUUACCCAGAGUUUAGAAGUAUUGAAAGACACCAUUUUGCCAUCCCGUUUCUGCCGCCGAGAACUUCACAGUCUAAAAGAACGGUUUUGCAUUUUGGAAAGUGAAUUAUGCAAGCUCCAGGAAGCACUGAAGACUGUCUCAGAAAAUUCUUCCUGUCGAAGCUGUGGUCAAACAUGUCACAUGAGUGGUAAACUCACAGAUGUGCCUGCAUGUGCUGUAACCACCCCUGGAGAAUCCGGAGCUGCACUUCCUCCCACACUGCCACAGCCAGUCAGCCAUCUUCCUCCUCCUCCACCUCUGCCUCCACCACCUCCACCGCCUCCUCUGCCUCUACCUCCACCACCACCUAUAGCACCUUUAAUGCUCAGAAAAUCCAAUCUCGCUAAAGCUCUUCAGGCUGGACCAUUAAAAAAAGAUGGACCUAUGCAGAUAACAGUUAAAGAUCUAAUGACUGUGAAAUUAAAGAAGACACAGAGUUUUGAUGAAAAGAAGAAGCUUGUACCAUCACCAAAGGCACGGAAUCCACUAGUUACUGUCUCUGACCUGAAGCAUGUUACCCUGAAACCCAGCUCCAAAGUGUUAACUCAAGUUACAAAUGUCUUCAUUACUCCUGGUAAGAGCCAGAUAGAUCUACGGAAACUACUUAGAAAAGUCAAUGUAGAGAGGAGUCCAGGUGGAACCCCACUUACCAAUAAAGAAAAUAUGGAAACAGGAACUGGGCUGACCCCAGUAAUGACCCGAGCUUUGAGGAGAAAAUUUCAGCUGGCUCACCCUAGAAGCCCAACUCAAACUCUACCGCUUCCUACAAGCAGCUUUGAUGAACAAAACUGAUGCCAACUCUGUCAGACUCCACGUGAUAAUCCACAAAAUAUACAGAUAAAAUCACUCCAAUUGUCUCUUUUUUUUAAUAUAGUAGGGUAUGUAUAAGUAAUUAUUCUAAUACAUAAUUCCAUUUGGAGAAUUAAAGUAUGUAUGGAGCCCAUUCA